AUGGAGGAGAAAUGGUACAGCUCACUGGACCUGCGGAGUGGCUGCUGGCAGGUGGAGCUGGCACCAGAAGCAAGAACAAAGAGAGCUUUCACCAUCAGUCAAGGGCUCUGGCAGUUCCGUGUGGUGCACUUUGGUCUCUGUAAUGCCUCCACCACGUUCCCCCACCAGCGACGUGGGACUGGGGGCAGUCCUGUCGCAGGAGGGGGCCGGGGGGCCAUCUGGGACCGGCUUGGCCUCCAUCCGGAGGAACAUCGGCGCCGUUUCCGGCCUUUGUCCUUCGCUGAGGAGGACCGACCCUUCGCCUAUGCCCAGCAGCUGCGGGACCAAGCAAGGAAGUGGCUGGUCCCGGACCGGAACACGCCAGAGGGGGUCGUCGAGCUGAUAACCCUGGAGAGUACCACCGCCCGAGAGCCUAUCGGCCGCUGUCGACCUCGCGGAGAGCCACCUGCCCCCCCCUCCGACGGGCCAGCGACCACCUACACCGGGCCCGUGCACCGGCACAGCUGCCCUGCGGUGGGACAGGCCGAGCCCGGUGCCGAGGGCGAAAUGGGGGGCCAGAGCGGGCAUGUGAAUCGCCUCCCCCCCCCCCUGCAGACGGGCGCUCAGACGGCAGGGGAGGGGUGUUGGUGGUGCGGACGGCCUGGCCACUUCCGGCAGGAGUGCCCUAUGAUGGAGGUGGGCCAGGUCGUCAGCGUCACCGGUGCCCCGUCUCCCCCCCAUGGUCCAGGCGAGGCGUACAGUGUCCCGACAGACAUGUCAGACAGGGGGUUGGGCGCGGUCCUGACCCAGCAGGUGGAGGGGGCCGACCGACCGGUGCUGUACCUGAGCCGCAAACUAUCAGACCGGGAGGGUCGGUACAGCACGGUGGAGAAGGAGUGUCUCGCCAUCUGAUGGGCGGUCGGCGCCCUUCGCUGCUACCUGCUGGGUCGCGCGUUCACCCUCUACUCCGACCACGCCCCCCUCCAGUGGCUCCACCGCAUGAAGGAUGUCAACGUGAGGAUUACACGGUGGUACCUCGCGUUGCAACCCUUCAACUUUCGGUUUGUGCACAGGCCUGGGGCGCAGAUGGCCGUGGCGGACUUCCUCUUCCAUUCCGGGGGGGGGGGGGGGG